CUCUCAGCCGGGUCCUCCUGAAGCUAAUUGCAGCUUCUUUCUCUCUCCCUCUCUGAGUGACAGCUAGGGUUUCGCUUCGCCCGGAGCGACGUCACACCAAGGUGGAAGAAGACGAGCGCAUUUUUUCCUCCCUUUAUCGUCCAAAGAAAACACAUCGACCAGACUGUGGCACACAGACGCCUCUACCUGCAGCCGGUGCGCACCGAAAAUUACUUCCCCAAGUUCAUCAGUGCGGAGAGAACGGCCAACAUCCAGCAGCACCCUAAAGCCCAAGCUUUUAUUUUUUCUUAUCAACUCAGCACUGCUUUUCUUUUUCUUUAAUAUCAUUUCACUCUUAUAAAUAUCCCACCAAAGAGUGGCGAAACUCCGAGUGUCCUCACAACCACCGUGCGCUGUUUCGCAGGCAGAGAGGACUUUACCGCUUGGAGUCACUUCUCGUUUCUCGUCAGACCGUUUUGAAAGCCUGCAAUGCGCUGCGACAGAUAGAGCAGAACGACAAUGAAGAGGUUAACCACACCUUUAAAAGCGGACAUCUCUUCAGUAGCCUCUUGACCAACUUUGUUGCGCAUUAAGAUGCGCCCCAGAGAAGAGGAGUUGGAUGAGGAACUUUUUGCGCUCUUGUUGACAGACAGUUUCCAGUGAGCUUUUGCUGAGUGUACCGUCAGAAAACGAGAACCUCCUAUGUAUUUAAGAAAUCAUCCAACUCGGUGUUGGCUGAGCUCGUCAGUAAUUUAAAGUUUGCUGUGGAAUCUCCUCGAGGAUUUGCUGCGUUCACCAUGACGGUUCGUCUAUCACGGAUCCAGCUGGCCCUGUUCUUUAUCUUGCUCUGUCCGGUCAAUAUCAUCGGACUCUGGUGGGCGGUAGGCAGUCCGCUGGUGAUGGACCCCAACAGCAUUUGCAGGAAAGCGAAGCGUCUGGCGGGAAAGCAGGCUGAGCUGUGCCAGACUCAGCCAGAGAUUGUCAGUGAGGUGGCCAAAGGAGCCAGGCUGGGCAUCAGGGAGUGCCAGUACCAGUUCAGGUACCGCCGCUGGAACUGCACUAGCCACAACAAGUACUUUGGCAAAAUACUGCAGCAAGAUAUCCGGGAGACAGCGUUUGUUUAUGCCAUCACGGCGGCUGGUGUGACCCACGCUGUAACCCAGGCCUGCAGUAUGGGAGACCUCCUACAGUGUGGCUGUGAGGCGACCAGGAACAGAGCACCUCCAAGGCCGUCUUCAUCCUCCCCCUCUGGGGAUGGAGUCAAGUGGGAGUGGGGGGGCUGCGGAGAUGAUGUGGAGUUUGGGUAUGAAAAGUCGAAACAGUUUAUGGACGCCAAGAGGAGAAGGGGCAAGAGUGACAUUAGGACACUCAUUGACCUGCACAACAACGAGGCUGGGCGGCUGGCGGUGAAGCUCUACAUGCGGACAGAGUGCAAGUGCCACGGCCUGUCAGGGUCAUGCACUCUGCGCACAUGCUGGAAGAAGAUGCCUCAUUUCCGUGAGGUGGGCGACCGGCUGCUGGAGCGCUUCAACGGCGCUUCCAAGGUGAUGGGAGGCAAUGAUGGCAAGACCCUGAUCCCUGUCGGCCAGAACAUAAAGCCACCAGAUAAGCAGGAUCUGAUAUACUCUGACGAGUCGCCCGAUUUCUGCCUUGCAAAUCGGAAAACUGGCUCACUGGGGACACGGGGGCGCAUGUGCAACAGCACAGCCAUGGACAUCAGUGGCUGCGACCUGCUUUGCUGCGAGCGCGGCUACCGGGAGGAAACAGUGGUGUUAGAGGAGAACUGUCUGUGUCGUUUCCACUGGUGUUGUGUGGUCCAGUGCAAGAAAUGCUUGGUCCAAAAAGAACUUAGUCUCUGUCACUGAUGAACUGAUGAACUGAGGUUGACAGCAGUCAAUAUGACUUGGUUACUUCUGUUACUUUUUGAGGUUUUUGCUUUCAUUUGGCUUGUGUGAAAGAAGAAUAGGGUUUGGACUUUUAUGGUAAUCAUUUUGUUUCAGUUUUUGCACCAGUCACAUUCAGAUAAUGCCCCAAAAAUGUUCAUUUUAAAUAAUAUUCAAUCUCAGCUCUGGCUGGUUUGGUUCCCAGGAAUUUUGACAGACAUCAGAGUUGCUGGCCAAAGGUUCAAAAGACAGAAAGUAAAUGCAACCAUAUGGAAACAAUGGUAGGGCGGGGACUAAAAUAGAUCAAAUAGAGAAAUGUUUCUUUCUGAACUACCUAUUUUUCUCGUUUUUGUUUAUGAAAAGGACCAAAGAAUGUGAAAAUUUCUAUUUUCCAUCUCAAUGAAAGAGGAGGACCUAUGCAUGGAGGUUUCUUAGUGUCACUUCCACUACCAGUUCAACAGCUGAGCUUGAUGUAGACUGCCAUCUAAAACCAAAGAAUUUAAGAUUUCACCUUGUGCGGAUGCACCCGAUAUGGUAAUAAAAUUUCCUUAACUGAGUGUUCGCUAAGCCCUGUCCCCUUUAAUUACUUCCUGUUGCUAUUCUUGGCAAGUUUUACAUUCUCAUAUGGUACAUAUACAGUUUACAAUAACAGCACAAUAUUUACCACUCAAAAGUCUUCGUAAUUUUUGCAACAGUGGGUCCUUUAUUUCAGAAGGACAAAAGCAGGCUUCAGCUGUCACUGAAAGCUUUUAUCAGCUAUUGCGAGCUAGUUACGCUAAUGAGCUGGUAGAAAGUGCCAACUGACUUGUAGCUGCAUUAGGUUAUUACUUUAGGUGCUAAUUACAGUCUUCAUUGGAGCAAUCCAUUCUUUAGCAUACUUUUACCCUUGUCUUUUGGGUGCACCUUGCAAACUCUUUAUAUGUGAAGCAUCACUCUUACUACAGCCCCAUGCACAUCACUUCAGCAUGUGGAGAAAAAGUUUGACAGACCUGCCAUGCCCUGGUACGGUUUCUAAGCUAUGAUUGGACAGUUGAUGUUUGUGGGAGAGGUUUAGUGAAAGGUCAACAGUAUAAACUGCCUGCUAAUCUACAAGGGCACCACUGACUAUUAUGAAACCUUUUGAGCCUCUAAGGAUAUUGUAUUAUCUGCUAUUUAAGUCCUUCAGAGACAUUGCUUUCUAUUUACAAUGUGCUGUAGGAUCAUUGAAAGAUUAAGGAUCUCACUAUGGCCCAAAAUUCUUGAUUAGGCAUUAGCAAUAAUAAGAGCAUCAUUUUACUCCAAAUCUUUUUUUAUAUCAACCUUUCUCUUACAGCAUAGCCUUUGAGUCAAUAGCACACAUCAAAUACAAAAAGAUGCUGGUCUUGCCUUUUUUCUUUUUUUUCCUGCGACUGCAUUAAAAAUAUACAAAAAAAGGGAAAUUGUAUCACAUUUGAAGAAUGGUGUCAGCACCAUGUUUUGCAGGUGUGGACUUGGCCUGCCAGCAAAGACUGUUAUUUAUAUAAAGAUAUGAUGACAAGACUACUCACUUCCAUCUCCCUCAGAAGCACUUUGGAUACAAUGGCUGCCAUGCACUUCCUCAAUAGCUUGUCUGUUUCUAUUUAACCAAAAGAGAAACCUUUCCUCACGUGACAUUGUUUGGUAUCCAGAAAAUGUAUAUAAUGUAUUUUGUUUAUCUGUUAUGAUAUACAGGGCUAAUGUAAUAAUGCACUUUGGAUGUUAGCUUUCGUUUGAUACUGUAUUUGCAUAUGUGUGUGUGUGCAUGUUUGUGAAAGAAAGUGUUGAGUAUGUGUUUGUGCAGGUUGGCCAGUUAUCAGCGUAUCCUUCAGUUGACAGUAGCUUUCAUAUAUCUUUAAGUUGCUGUCUGAUGUUAAAGUGCAUUAUGUUGGUUAUUAAAAGCACACUGCUCUUUGA